AUCAUGUUCGCUUCUGAUCUUGGGGAACUGUUUAGCGGUGUUGGUGGUGCUUCUGGCACUCAUGUGACCGGGAUUCACAGCAUGAACAACGGUGAGAACAACGCACGAAAUUCACUCACUCUCAGUCACACUUCCACGGAAGCGAGCUCGGAAAAACACCAAAAUACCGCGAUCUUGUCAGGCGUUCCGAAAACAGUCUUGCCUAAUACGGCCACCGCACUGGAAGAUCUAUUCAGUUCGGAGUAUGAAAUCUGUACGAAACCGGCACACAUGAACCCCCUAGGUUCUUCUAAUCCCGGACCGAGUGUGAAAACACAAUCACAGACAAGAAACACGGCUAGUGGGAAUACUGCUUUGACGGAGUCUGCUACACCGGUCGGUAUGAAACAGGCUCCCGUGGUCCAGACACACAGUCGCGGCGCGCUUCGUUGUCCGGUUUGUGACAAGGUAACUGGUUUCUUUUGUAUUUGUUGA